UAAAAAGGCCAGUAUGCAGUGCUUAUUGUACUGAAUGGGCUCACACAUACAUAUGCCAUGGAAGACAGCAAAUUAAUCAACAUCUGUUGAAGAAUUUUAUUCUUGGUUUUUAACCUCCACUUUGCCAACAAAUCCAGAAGUGGAAGACAAGACGUUCAGCACACACUUUCUUUUUUUUUUUUUUUUUUAAAUCUGAGCAGCCAGUAAAAUUAAAGCUAAUUCUUAAAACUCAGUGUAGCAUUUUAUCAGAGAAGGACAUCCACUCAGUGUGGACUCUUAUUGAAAAAAUGGACACCAUGCUCGACAAUUUGAGAGAAAAACUACAUGAAGAAACUGAAAACAUUUUAGAAAUGGUAAAAGAAGAGCUUGAACAACGAGAAGAGGAGAUCGAGAGUAAGAGACUAAAACUGGAAAAGAAAGAGGAAACGAUUGAAAGAAUGAAACGAGACCUAGAAGAAAAUGAUGAAGAAAUAUUGAGAAUGAGGCAUACAUUGGAAAAGAAAGAUAGAGAGAUUGAGAGAAUGAAACAAGAACUGGAAGAGAAAGAUGAAGAGAGAGAGCAACUGAAAGAGGAACUAGAAAAUAAAGAUGACAAGAUUGACAGAAAGAGACAGAAGUUGGAAAACAGAUGUAAUGAGAUUAAAAAAUUGAGAGAUGAAGUACAAGAAAAAGAUGAAGAGAUACAGAGGAUGAGACAAGAACUGGAAAAGAAAGAUGAAGAGAUAGAGCAACUGAAAGAGGAACUAGAAAAUAAAGAUGACAAGAUUGACAGAAAGAGACAGAAGUUGGAAAACAGAUGUAAUGAGAUUGAAGAAUUGAGAGAUGAAGUACAAGAAAAAGAUGAAGAGAUACAGAGGAUGAAACAAGAACUGGAAGAGAAAGAUGAAGAGCUCGAGAGAAUGCAACAAGAGCUGGAGGAGAAGGUUGGGGAGAUAUAUGGUAUAGUCAGUAUCUAAUCUCAUUCUCAUUACCACCAUUUCAAACUGGUGUGUAAAGAUCUGUGCCGAGUUUCCCAAAAGCAUCGUAGCAAAAAGAUCAUCGUUAAAUGAUUGAUCGAGCAGCACAAUGAACACUCUCUCUCCUUGUUAAGGUGCCCUUCGCAUUAAGAGGCUUUUCGGAAACCCACCACUGACUGGUUAAGAUUAAGGGUAGAGUCAAUAAAAGUGAUGGGGCAUUAAUUAUCACUUCAUUCAUAUUAAAGUGUAUGAAAACCACUGCUUUAACACAAGAUUGCCAAAAACAGUGGAGUGAGCAUUUAGAAUAUUUAGAAUAGCACUUGAUCAAACACUUUAAUUUCCCCUUGGGAUCAAUAAAUUGUUUUCUAGCACAGGAUAUUUUCAAUUUCAUCUUGCUUUUAAGUCACCAUUUUAAUUUGUUGAAUUCACUAAAUAA